GGUAGCCCCUUCCUCCCCUCUCUCUCCCUGGUGCCGCUGGGACUAGGGCGGGGCAGAGCCAGGAGGAUCGGACACGGGCCGAGGGAAUUCGAGCUUCGCAGAUCCUGGAGCAGUGUCUCCUAAAAUGUAGCAAAGUGGGGCCUUAGCUUCAUUGGGAAUUUGCACCGAUUCCAGCAAUUGAUGAACCAGCCAUCCACCAAUAUAGCUUGGAGUUGGGUUUGCUUACUUGGCAGCAAUUGAGUGUACCGGUCUCCUUGUCAUGGCAACCAUUGUCCCGGAAAAACUUACCCGCCUUUUCAUUAAUGUGCAGCAGCUUUGGCAGGUCCCCAGGCUGCUGGAAAUGGCGUUCCCCUCGCCUCCCUGCACUGUGGGCACCUCAGAUGUGCCUAAGGUCUUCUGGAAACCCUACAUUCACACCGGCUACAGACCCCUCAACCGGACCUGGAAGUAUUACUUCUUGACGCUUUUCCAGCAGCACAACGAAGCUGUCAACGUCUGGACUCACCUCGUGGCUGCUCUGAUCCUGCUUCUGAGGUUCCAGCGGCUUUCCCAGACGGUGGAUUUUGUGAGCGAUCCUCAUGCCCAUCCCCUGUUCAUCAUUGUCAUUGCUUCUAUCACCUACCUAACCUUCAGCUCCCUGGCUCACCUCCUCCAGGCCAAAUCAGAGUUCUGGCAUUAUAGCUUUUUUUUCAUGGACUAUGUGGGAGUAGCCAUUUACCAGUACAGCAGUGCCUUGGUGCAUUAUUACUAUACCAUUGAGCCAGACUGGCAUGCAAGGAUCAUGGGGUUUUACAUGCCAGGAGCUGUUUUGCUAGCGUGGUUAUCCUGUGCAGGUUCCUGUUAUGCUAAAUAUAGAUACCACCAACUUCCUCGCCAUCUGAGCAGGCUGUGUCAGGAAAUGCCCUUGGGUCUGGCGUAUGCUCUAGAUAUUAGCCCAGUAAUUCACCGGCUCUAUACAGCUCAGCCCUCCGAGCAGGCGGAUCCAGCCCUUUUAUACCACAAAUGCCAGGUGUUGUUUUUCCUUAUCGGUGCUUUUUUCUUCUCAUACCCUUAUCCAGAGAAAUGGUUUCCUGGGAAAUGUCACUUCUUUGGGCAGGGGCAUCAAAUCUUCCACGUGUUUCUGGUGCUGUGCACCCUGGCCCAGGUGCAGGCGGUGGCUCUGGACUAUGAGUCAAGAAGGGAGAUUUACACCAGUCUGCACGGUGACCAGACUCACAAUUUCUCUGCCCUGUGCUUCUUCACCAUAGCCUGCUGCCUCCUCACUGCCGCUUACAUGACCAGCAAAGUGAAGUGCAAACUGAACUGCAAAGGAGAAUGAAAGCUGUGGAGGGGAAGCUCCUGAUCUCUCCGAACCUGGCUGUUUGAGGGGAUGCCACCAUAACAAUCUGGCUGUGGACUGUAUUUUAAAGAGUGAUGGAAUGCUUGGAAAUGUGCUAUUGUUAAGUGAUCUGCAAAGGGAAAAUGCUGGGAGUUUGUGCUCUUUGGGGUUUUUUAUGAUGUAUAAAGAAGACCUGGAAAGGUGUAUGUGUGUAUAAGUGUUAAAACAUUUUCUUUUUCUACUUAUUUUCUGCCUUAGAAAUUCAGGUCCUGUCUUUAGAAGGCCUCAAUGAAGAGCUGGGAGCAACGCUCUCUUUGCUAAAUAUGCCUCCUGCUGCCCUGGCAUCUAUGGGCUGAGAAAGCUGACUUGCACAGCUGAGAUCCUAAGUGAGUCUUCUAGCAAAACCAGGCGUGGCCAGCUCUGACAUUCCUGAUAUUUCUCAGGCAGAAGUUAAGACAGAAAAAACAAGUCCAGCUUGUCUUUACAUUUUGCAGAGAAGCAAACAAGGGGACAAGACAAACAUUUUUUUUCUGUUCAGGUCACAGUAACUUUACAUGGCACUUUACACACAGAGAAAGACAUGUGGCCUGCCCUUAUCAUCUAAAUAAGACAAGAUACACUGAAGACAAGGCCCUGUCAGGAGAGAGGAGGAGGUUAUCAGUAAUGAUGAAGAGGAGAAGGGAGGAAGGAUAGCUGGAAGAAAUGGGUUUCUAAGUGGGAUCUGAAGGAGGAAAGAGGCCAGUUGGCCACUGAGAAGAGGGAAGCUUUGUCUAUACUGGCCCUGUACCCCUAAAAAUUCCUUCUGUUGCUACCACUGGUGCAGUUCCAUUGCAGGUAACAAUAAUGUGAGUGCUACUGUAAACGAAAUACCGGUGUUUUAACCACUGUGUCUUGCAGACCUGAUCUGGGUGAUAAAAACACCGGUGGCCAGUCUGUACUACAGCUGCCACCACUGUCACUACACCAGCGUUGGCAACAGUGGUAAAGAGAGAGACACUCCUGUAAACAUAGCCAGAGUGUGUCCCAGGCACGGGGGCGCAUGAAUGCAGAGGUGAAUCUGCGGGUGGGAAAAGGAGCAGAAGGAAGGGGACAUGCGAGCAGUGAGAGAUAGGUGGGGGGCAAGAUUGGUGAGUACAAGGAGCCUAGAUUCGAUGUGGCCAGAGAUGGGAAAGAUUCAAGAUUGGGGGGGGGCUGGGCUGAAGCAGCUGGAGUGUGGUGGAGGGCAGGAAGAUGACUUUAGCAGCAGCUUUGGGGACAGACUAGUGAGGAGAAGAUGAUUGUGUUCAAGGGAAGGGGGAUUUAGCUGGGGGUGUGGGCUGCAGCAGCUGGGAUAAUGAAAAAGGGCCGAUGUUAGUGACGAAGCAGUGAUUGAGAUUUAGCAAGAAUUUGGCUAUGGAGGAGAAAGAAAGCCGAGGCAAAGAUGAUCCAAGAUUCUGGCCUGGGAGGUGGGAAGGACAGUGGGGGAGGUGGGGUGAACAGAAAAGUUUAAAACGACUGAUUUGAAUCUAGACUUAAUUUUGGUUCUAAAAUUGGUUCCAGUUCCUGCCAGGACCUGAUCUCAUUCCACCCCCUCCUCCCGGUUUCUCUUUCCUCUGGUGCCCUCACUGAUCUAGACUAAGGCCUUGUCCACAGUGACGAAAUUGACCCAGUCCUGAAAUGGCUUUCUCACUCUGUCCAGUCUGGAAGGGUUUCAGGAACCUGGCUACUUCGGCUGCUCCCGAAGAUGGUUUUCAAUAACCAGGGUAAACAAUAAAUGUUCUGCCCUGUCUAAGCUGGGCUACAGCAGCCUGCAAAGCAGGUUCACCUGAAACCGUUUUGAAGAGCGGUCAUGGAAAAACGGUUUCAGAAAGCUGUCAUUUCCAGGGGCCGGAGUCUGCUGCCAUGUAAAGAAUCCAGCUGCCUGAUCCGGUUGGCGUAGUGAGGGCUGCAGGAGGAAUCAUAAACUACUCAGGGCCUAAGUCAAGUCCCGGCAAGUCAACAGUAUUUUAAAUAAAUGCAUUGGCCAUACGCAUAGUUCUUUAAAGCAACACAAAUUUCAUUGGAGAGCUCUAAUGGCUAAC